AACAUUUGGUAUAAUUUUUCGAAUUCUGUAUCAAGAAUUCCGGUUCGAAAAUGGAUAUCGUUGAAAAAAGGGCAAAGCUUUGAAUUGGUUUUAGAUUUUAAGAAUUGUAAGCAAAUUGGGGGAGAGAACGUGUUGAAUAGUUGGGGAGGAGAAUCGAAGCACCUUCUUCGUCUUCGUCGUCGUCUUCUUCUUCUUCCUCUAAUCAUCCCCAAUUCUCUUCCUUUUUAUUAAUCCUUCCUCUUGUUUUCUCGCUUCAUUCUUCUCCAAUCCAUGGAUCAAAGGCCUCUCGGAUUGCUAACCAUUCACGUCAAAAGAGGUAUUAAUCUCGCGAUUCGCGACGCUAGAAGCAGCGAUCCUUAUAUUGUUAUCACCGUCGCCGAUCAGACAUUGAAGACACGUGUGGUGAAGAAAAACUGCAAUCCAGUAUGGAAUGAAGAAAUGACUGUUGCAAUCAAAGAUCCCAAUGUCCCAAUCCGCUUGACAGUGUUUGACUGGGACAAGUUCACUGGAGAUGACAAGAUGGGAGAUGCAAACGUAGACAUCCAACCAUACUUAGAGGCUCUGAAAAUGGGAAUGGAGCUUUUGAGGCUUCCUAAUGGAUGUGCAAUCAAAAGGGUUCAGCCAUCGAGGCACAAUUGUUUAUCAGAUGAGAGUAGCAUUGUGUGGAACAAUGGUAAGAUCACACAAGACAUGAUUCUUAGGCUUAACAAUGUCGAGUGCGGGGAGAUUGAGAUCAUGCUUGAAUGGCAUGAAGGUGCUGGUUGCAGAGGUGUGACUUCCUCUUCCAAAGGAGGCUCUUCCUCUACCUAAGACAUGUUCUCUCUUUUUUUUUUUUGCUUUCUUUCUAUGUUGUCGAUGAAUGAUCUGUUGUUGUUUCAAUAUGUAUAAGUGAUAAAGCAUGUUUUUGUUUGAUGACCAUUUUCAAUGAUCAGGAAGAAUCUUUGGAGAAUUUGAGACUUUUGUAUCUGUUCAUUUGAAUAUCUUUUGGAGUGUUUCAGUUUC